GAAAAAGCGAAGCUCCGGGCAUUACUCCCUCACUUUGUAGUUUCUCUACGUACAAAAUGACGAGGGCAUCUUUGCGUCGCAGGAUCAAUACAUCGAAGGCUCAGAGACACAAAUUCCAAUAUAGUGUUCGGAAUAGUGGUGUGCCCCAGCUAGUAAAGGAUACAUCGGAUUCGAAACCUUGUGACAUAAUGGACGACGAUGGUUUUGUUUUGACUCUCACUAAACGAGAGAGGCGUUUGCUAAAGAGUGCGCAAUUCCCAUCCGAAACCAGCGAAGACCCCAUGAAGGUUGUGGAAUGUCCUGACGAACCGGAGAAUACUCCUCCCAAGCAAGUCGCCUAUGCACCAGAUGAUGGUUUCGAAGUGUCGUCAACCAUUUCUAAAAGCUCCGUUCGGAGACAGCUCAAAGGCCCACAUCGUGGUGGUAUCAGCAGACCAAGUUGCAGCAAGCGCUCUACCGAAGUGGUGCGUCGUGCGCUGUUCCGUGCUCAACUACACUUGCAACACACCGUUCCUACGAGCAAUGCUCGAGUUGAUAAGGUAUUUCCAAGCCAAUCCGCAAUCCCGACCAAAUCCGAUCCCGAUGUGCUUUCUAAGCACGCGUCCAUCAUCAGCCAGUGGGCUUCCAGAGCAUCCAGUACUUCAAGCACUCCGAAACGAAAGCGGAAAAAGAAAAAUAAGCUUGAACCCGAGGCGGACUCCUCAUCAACGAAAAAUCCCCCACCUACAGAUCCUUACAAGGUGCAUCGACACUCCGUCGUCGAAGCGGUUAACUGUUUGCGAACUAUGCUGCCGAAAUUUUAAACCAGCCGUUGUGGACACAUGUGUGCAAAUCGGUGGAACUUG